AUGGCAAAUCGCUGGUCGAAUGAGCCUAUCUUGUGCAAAUACGCUUUGAAAACAAACAGCAUCAUAACCUACGUGAACUACCGCCUCGCUCCCGAGUACAAGCACCCCACCGCCGUCUAUGACUGCUACGACUGUCUGAAAUUCCUUCUGGAGCACAAAGCAGACUUCCACAUCGACGAGAAGCAAAUCAUUCUCAUGGGCGACUCCGCAGGAGGCAUGAUCUGCUUCAGCAUUGCACAGCUGGCUCGAGACGAAGCCCAUCGCAAUCUCUUCAAGAAGAUGGUGCUGAUCUACCCAGCGAUGGACAAUCGGAAAGUCCCCGACGACGACCUUUCGUGGGACGAGCGAAACAUGAUCUAUGACAACACGUUCGGGCUGCAGUACAAGACGGGCGAGGUGAUGUCGCGCUGGUACUUCCCUUCGUGGGAGAGCGUGAACUCCCCGCUCGGCUCGCCGAUCGUGUGCGACGACUACGCGAAUUUCCCGCCGGUGCGGAUUUUUACGUGCGAAUACGACGCGUUGAAGAUCGCUGCGCGCGAAGUGGCCGAGAAAAUGCGAGUAGGAGGGAGAGAGGAGAGGCGAUUGACGUGUAGAACGCAGGAAUCGAUGUUCGCUAUAAGUGUAUCAAGGGAGCAGUGCACGCAGUGUGGGGAUCGAAUCUCUACGAUUGUGGAUUGA